AUGAUGGGAUGUCAAAGUCACCAACCAGCAAGACUGUCAGACACGGUCUAUUCGGAGGCCGAAGUGAACGCCGGAACGGUCACCCACGGAGAUGAAGAUGGAGAUGGAAACACCAGGGAUCAUGGCAAGACGGUAACAUUACGAAGGAUUCGGCAUCAUCCGUACCGUCUAGGCGACAACGAAAGAGAGUUUGUGUUUGAGCUGCACCAGGUACGGGUCCCUGCAGGGGAAAGGACGGCCUGGCCUGCCACGCCUGGCUCAACUGAGCACAAGUCUCCAGCCUCCCAAGAGGCUAUCGUAGCCGAUCCAAAGUACGAGCAGGCCCCAGCGCGUGCCGCCGUCGCUGCCGCGCCGCGUAGCGUGGCGCCAAUCGCAUCCAGAAGAAUUCUCGCUGAUAUUCUGGUGCCUCCGUCCUUUGCACCUACAUACCGGAGCUUCACGUUUGCAUCACUUUCACUUUGA